CUCGCGAUGGCUGCGGCGGGAGACAGGCGGCCGCCAUCCCGGCCCCAUCCCGGCAGCCAUAGCGACGACGCUACCGGCGGGGACGGGAGCAGCCGGGGGGGGCCGGACAAAGGGGGCGCCGCCAGGAGCCCGCACCCAGCGGCCCCGAGGGAAUUGCCAAAAUGCUUUGGAAUUCUUAAACGAUUCAAAAACUGAAGUCCCCGAAGAUACAAAAAUCAUAAGAACACAAGAAGCAGCAAGGAGGAUUCAGUGCCAAUGCAGCAACAAAGAAGACAACCAGAGUUAGUGGAAGGAAAUCUUCCUGUUUUUGUUUUUCCUACAGAACUUAUAUUUUAUGCAGAUGACCAGUCAACACACAAGCAGGUGUUGACUCUAUAUAACCCCUAUGAGUUUGCCUUAAAAUUCAAAGUUCUUUGUACAAGUCCAAAUAAAUAUGUGGUGGCUGAUGCUGCUGGUACAGUGAAGCCUCAGUGCUGUGUUGAUAUUGUGAUUCGUCACAGAGAUGUUCGGGCUGCUCACUACGGUGUGAUAGAUAAAUUUCGUCUGCAAGUGUCUGAGCAGAGCCAGAGGAAAGCACUAGGGAGGAAGGAGAUUAUUGCUACUCUACUUCCAUCUGCAAAGGAACCACCACAACAAAAGGAAGAGGAGGAAAAGCGAAUAAAAGAACACCUGGCUGAAAGUGUCUUUUUUGAGCAGACUUUGUGUCAACCAGGUAAAAACAGAACUGCCUCGUCGGGACCUAGUUUACUAACAGUCUUCCUGGGAAUAGUGUGUAUUGCAGCACUAAUGCUACCUACAUUGGGGGAAAUGGAAUCCCUGGUGCCUCUCUACCUCCAUUUAAGUGUGAAUCAAAAGUUAGUUGCUGCUUAUGUUUUAGGUCUCAUCACCAUGGUUAUUUUGAGAACAUGAGCAAUGACUUAAUAGGAUGUCAAACACCUUACUGUAUAUUCACAUCAUGAAUGUGGACUGCCUUUUAUUCCCAUUUGGCUCAUCAAGAUGCUAGCAAAACCGUUCAGUGAUUUAAGAUACCUUCAGAAGUGUAAUAUAUUUUAACUAUGUAUAAUAAAUGAAAGACUCAAAGCACUUUUAGGUGCUUCUGUAACAGACAGCUAUGAAAUGUUCAGUGAUACCUGUGAAAAUAAUUUGAAAAACUUUUAUAUUUACACCUACUGUAAAAAAUCCUUAUUAAAGCAACAUUUGUUAUUUUUAGUCUAUGUUCACAUUAGUGUGUGAUCACUAUAAAAGCAAACUGUCUUAUGUAAAACAUUUAUUUGGUUUGUGGUUGUACAUGCUGAGGCUGGUGCCUAACACUUCUGUAUACAUACCAGAAGAAGGGUGAGAGUCAUGGCUAAUCAUUGAAGAAAAUGAAAAGAUUCAUCAGUGAAACUAUGAAAUAAACCAUUAAAUUUAGGUGAAGAAGUAAUUCUCAAAUUCCUUACUUCAUCAUUACAAAUAUAUCACUGAGUGCUCAUUUUCAUACCUGGGGAAAUAAUUUCUUCAACAACUGUCUUGUAUCACAAUUGUAGACAAUAAAAACAAGUUCUGUAAUCA